CAAAGACAAAAAUUGCAAUACCCUUGAAGGAAAGUCAGCUCUUUGUUGUCACUAUUUUCAAAUCACUAUACACCAGUUUCUUUUGUUUUUUUGUUUGAUUGACAAUGCCACACAACCCUUAAAAAGACUCUUUAUUUUACUUUGUCUAAUCUUAAAACUGUUCCUUUGAUUUGAAAUAACAAUCUUUAUAAUACUCACUACUAGAGUAGUACUAUCCUUUCUCCUUUUCUUUAUUAGAAUUAGAUUCUGUCUUUCUCUUUCUCUCUCUUUUUGUACUUCUUCUUUAAUUUUUUUUUUUUUUUAAAUGAGUUGAGACGCCGUGUUUAUACAGUUUAUAAAGUGGGGUUCUUGCUUCAUUUACAAGUGAUAGGGUGUUUAAAAAUUUCACCUUUUUUGUUUUUUUCUUGGUUUAUCACUGCUAGUACUAGGCUUUGAAUUUAGAAAUUUAUAUAUUUAUUUAUUUCUUAUCUGGGGUAAAGGGUUCUUUAAUUCAUGCAAGUAGUUAGAACCUUGCUUUAAUUACAAGUAGUUGGUCAGCCUUUUUUCUUUGAGAUUUUUGAGGUGUUUUUGGGAUUCACGUUUUGAAGUUUCUACAACUAUAAUAAGGUGCACUCUUGAUUUUUCAGUCUUGGGAUCUGAAUUGAUUUUGGUGUUAGGGAUCUGAAAAGGUCCUUUUUUGGUGCUAAUUUGCUAGUGGAGCUUCCUGUUUAUGUGAAAGGUGGAAACUUUCUUUAUUUGGAACUGUGAAGAAUUGUUAUACAUGGUGGUGGAAUCUUGAUUUGAGCUGUUAUAUAUAUUUUCUUCUAUGUCUUCAGUAAAGGUAAUCCAGGAACUUUUACCAAUGAGUUUCCUGAAUUGGGUAUUUUUGGGUUUUCUUUUAUCUACAUGUUUGAGUCUUGAAACCUCAGUUCAAAAUUGUCAUCCAUAUGAUUUGUUGGCAUUGAAAGAAUUUGCUGGCAAUUUAACUGAUGGGGUUAUUCUAUCAGCUUGGUCUGAUGAACCUAAUUGUUGUAAAUGGGAUGGGGUUUUAUGUGGCAAUGGCAAUAGUUCUGUUGAAAGUAGAGUUGUGAAGUUAAAUUUGUCAAGGAAAGGCUUAAGAGGUGUGAUUUCACUGUCCCUGGAAAAAUUGGAUCAGUUGAAAUUGCUCGAUCUUUCGCGCAAUCACUUGGAAGGUGGAUUUCCUUUGGAUUUAUCCAAAUUGAAGCAGUUGGAAGUGCUUGAUUUGAGCCAUAAUGUGUUGCUUGGACCAGUAUUGAGGGCGUUCGAGGGAUUGGAAUCGAUCCACUCUCUCAAUAUAUCGAGCAAUUUGUUCACUGGAAAUUUCAGUGAGUUUGGUGAAUUGACUGAAUUCCCUAACCUUGUUGCAUUUAACAUAAGCAACAAUUCCUUUACUGGUGGCUUUAAGUUUGAAAUUUGCAGCUUUUCCAAGAAGAUUAAGGUUCUGGAUAUAUCACUCAAUCAUUUUACUGGUGACCUUUUAGGCUUGGAAAAUUGCAGUUCAUAUCUCCAGCAGUUGCAUGUUGAUUCCAAUAAUCUCGGAGGUCGCCUUCCGGACUUCUUGUAUUCGAUGACAUCUUUGGAGCAACUUUCACUGGCUGGAAAUAAUUUCUCUGGCCAGUUAAGCCCACAGCUUAGUAAGCUUUCCAAACUGAAAUCCCUAGUUUUAUCUGUAAAUCAUUUUCAUGGUUUGCUUCCUAAUGUGUUUGGUAAUUUGACUCAGUUAGAGCAGUUAGCUGCACAUUCUAAUAGAUUUUCUGGGCCAUUACCGUCUACGAUUUCAUAUCUUUCUAAGCUUAGGGUGCUUGAUCUUAGGAACAAUUCUUUGUCUGGUCCUAUUGAUCUUGAUUUUACUAAUUUGACAAGUCUUUGUACUCUUGACCUUGCAACUAACCGUUUCAUAGGUAACCUUCCAGUCUCGUUGUCUAGUUGUCAAGAGUUGAAAAUCUUGAGUUUUGCCAAAAAUGAACUCACCGGGCCAAUUCCUGAGACUUAUGCAAACCUUUCGUCCCUUGUGUUCCUCUCGUUGUCCAAUAAUACCCUUUCAAAUUUGUCUGGAGCUCUAUCUGUUCUGCAGCACUGCGGAAAUCUUUCGACUCUUAUUCUCACCAGGAACUUCCAUGGUGAAGAGAUUCCGAAAAAUGUGAGCAAGUUCGAGAAUCUGAUGAUAUUUGCAUUGGGGAACUGCGGUUUAGACGGGCAAAUUCCGACAUGGUUAUACAAUUGCAGUAAAUUGCAAGUGCUUGAUCUGUCAUGGAAUCAUUUGGAUGGCAAUAUUCCUCCUUGGAUUGGUGAAAUGGAGAAGUUAUUCUACUUGGAUUUCUCAAAUAAUUCACUCACUGGUGAAAUCCCGAAAAAUUUGACUGAUCUAAAAAGCCUCAUUUCACCACAUAGCUAUGCAUCUAGUCUGAAUUCUCCAACUGGUAUUCCGUUGUUUGUCAAGAGGAAUCAGAGCGGUAGUGGCUUGCAGUACAAUCAGGCUUCGAGUUUCCCUCCGUCUAUCUACUUGAGUAAUAACAGACUAAAUGGGACAAUCUGGCCCGAAAUAGGUCAUCUGAAACAACUUCAUGUUUUGGAUCUUAGUAGAAACAACAUUACUGGUACUAUACCUAGCUCGAUUUCAAAUAUGGCGAACCUUGAAGUUUUGGACCUUUCCAGUAAUGAUCUUUACGGAUCAAUUCCUGCUUCACUCAACAAGCUCACGUUCCUUUCAAAAUUCAAUGUAGCUAAUAAUCACUUGCAGGGAGCGAUUCCUACUGGUGGUCAGUUCUUCAGCUUUCCCGCCUCGAGCUUUGAGGGCAAUUCUGGACUUUGUGGAAAAAUUAUAUCUCCUUGUUCUGUUAGCAAUUUGGGCCUUCAACCGGCAAGUCCUUCUGCUUCUAGGAGUAAGCUUGGCCGAAACGGAAUUAUUGGAAUUACAGUCAGCAUAGGGAUAGGAAUUGCACUUCUUCUUGCAAUAGUCCUGCUGAAAUUGUCUAGAAGAGAUGCCGGCCACCAGAUUGGGGAUUUCGAGGAAGAUUUCAGCAGACCGCCCCGAUUUUCUGAUGCUUUUGUUCCUUCAAAGUUGGUACUAUUCCAGAAUUCUGAUUGCAAGGAACUGACCGUUGCAGACUUGUUGAAAUCUACAAACAACUUCAGCCAGUCGAACAUUGUUGGAUGUGGAGGAUUUGGUCUAGUUUACAAGGCGGAACUUCCUAAUGGCAUGAAAACUGCCAUCAAGAGGCUUUCCGGGGAUUGUGGGCAAAUGGAGCGUGAAUUCCAAGCUGAAGUCGAGGCCCUCUCGAGAGCUCAGCACAAAAACCUUGUAUCCCUUCAGGGAUACUGUCAGCACGGGAGUGAUCGGUUGCUAAUAUAUUCUUACAUGGAGAACGGAAGCUUGGACUACUGGCUACAUGAAAGGGUCGACGGGAACUCAUUAACAUGGGACGUUAGGUUAAAUAUCGCACAAGGAGCAGCUCGUGGAUUAGCUUAUCUGCACAAGGAACCAAAUAUAGUUCAUCGCGACAUUAAAACGAGCAACAUUCUUUUGAACGAGAGAUUCGAAGCUCAUUUAGCUGAUUUCGGACUAUCAAGGUUGCUGCGUCCCUAUGAUACUCAUGUCACUACGGAUCUGGUUGGAACCUUGGGAUACAUUCCUCCCGAAUAUAGUCAAACUUUGACUGCUACUUUUAGGGGCGACGUUUACAGCUUCGGUGUUGUUCUUCUUGAGCUUCUGACAGGCAAACGUCCCGUGGAAGUAUGCAGGGGAAAAAGUUGCAGGGACUUGGUGGGAUGGGUUUUUCAACUGAAAUCCGAGAACAGGGUGGAGGAAAUAUUCGAUACAUCGAUAUGGGAUACAAGUUACGAGAAGCAGCUUUUGGAUGUGCUAAGCAUAGCUUGUAGAUGUAUAGUGCAAGAUCCACGGCAGAGGCCCUCGAUUGAUCAAGUUGUGUUAUGGCUUGAUGCAAUUGGAACUGGAAAAGACAGAUGAGAAUCAUCUACUUUUUUUCCUUGUAGACUUAGCUUCUUUUGCUUACAAAGUGAAAAAUGUAAAGCAGCAGAAAAUUUUAAUUUUAUAGAGUUGGUUUAUAAAACUUAUGAAUUGCUUUUUGAUUCACUUUACUUCAUACACAAUAUCCUUAGUACAAUACAGAAAUAGUGACAGUUGUGUUUGUAUACAUAUGCUUAACUUGGGCUCAAGUUCUUUACCAAGAUACAACAAUAUUAUACUUCAUUAUGGGCAAGUUCAUCUUUUU